AUUGUAUGGACGUGGUAAAGCCUUGUAACUUGACGAGAAAGCGACAGGCUGUUCUAGAAUCUCGUACUGAUCACCGCACGAAUGUGGGUUUGAUUUAAUUUACUUUUCUUCUGCACGUGUUUUAACAAUGGUUUUAACGUACUUUUCGUUCUUUCUUUGUUCGUUCCUUGUUGAUCUGGGUUGUAAAUAGUUUGUUUGGAAAGUAAUUCCAAAUCAGGGUUCUACUGUGUACUCCGUAGUUCUUCAGUUUCCCCCACGCACGAGAAAUAGGUUGAAAUGUCUUAUGAUAAUACAAGUUAAUUUAAGCUUUAAUAAGGUUUUAGUGAAUAGAAAGAUUACAUUGAUUUUAACACUGUCAAUUUGUUUUUUAGAAGCGACGAUGUCUAGAAAACUCUUCGUGGCGGGCAGAAAAUAUGCUCAAUCAGGAAACAGAAAACAGAUCGUUACAUUCCAGACAGUCCCUAGCAGAACAUAGUCAAUAUCCAAGUCCUCCUACUUUAAAUGUUCACAUAGACAUAAACUGUAAUGUAGUACAUGAACAUGCAAAUCAAGUAAAUGAGGUUCAAGGAAUGGAGCUAGCAUAUGAUUCAGCAAAUGUUCAUCCGUAUCACCCACCGUCCUCAACAGUAAGCGAACGAGCGUUGUUGAUGGCUAAUCGUUCAUCACUGCCUACCUGUCCCCGCUGUUUGACAGGAGAACCAGUAAGUAAAACACAUUAACGUACAAUCCAAUGUCUCCAUACUUAUAAGUGUUUACUGAGGAUAAUUCUCUAACUCCAAAAGACACCAACCUUCACACCACUGAUACCAUCCCAAGGGUUUUCAGUAAGAAUUCUUGUAGCAGGAGAAAGGUAUAACGUUACAGGAGAAUAUAUUGAAAGAGACCUCACAUCUGAAUAAAAGAGUCAUAGGCUAUCAGAGAAUUCUGUGUAGUGAACGGAGUAUUCACUGAUCUCCAAUGCCUAAUGAACACCCUGCAUGCCUACCUAUCUAAUACAGACACCUUUGUAAUGUCUACACUAGGAUGUGUCCCUUUGAUGUCCACAGUAAUAAAAGGGUUUGACUCUUCCAGAGAAUCGUAACACUCACAGAAGAAUUCCUUUAUCCUACUGACCCCCUGCCCCUCUCAGUGAGGGAUUAACCUUUUCCAGUAUUUUACACGAUGGUUCCCCUUAAUGUUUUAAUGCCUCUUGAAAGGACAAGGUCACCCUGGAAGAGGAUUCUCUUAAGUCCUUCACGUCAUAGAAUUUUAUCCACAGACUCAAGAGUUAGGACCACCUUAUACAGCAUAUUAAACAGUACCAGAGGAAAGUACUGCUCAGUAGCUUUCAUUUGGAUGGUCACACCAUAGGAUUUCAUCCACAGACUCAAAAGAACCACCUUGUACAGCAUAACAAACAGUACCACAGGAAAGUACUGCUCAGUAGCUUUCAUUUGAGUAAUCACACCAUAGGAUUUCAUCCACAGACUCAAAAGUUAGAACCACCUUGUACAGCAUAAUACCCUGCAAGCAGAGGCCCUUCGAUCUUCCCACUGCUUGCAAGGUAACAACAUAAUAAAACAGUACCACAAGAAAGUACACUGCUGCUUAGUAGCUUCAUUUACACUACAAGAUUUCAACUGCAAUUGACUAAAAGCAACAGAGAAUAAUGGGACAGACAAGGAAACACCCAGUCUAGCACUUGGGAUGUCCCCCCACCAAAGUUAAUUUUAGAACAAAUAAAUGCUUGAAAUAAAUUGCAAGUUGGUUUCCGGAGAGAUCGGCAAACUUUUGUUCAAUGUUGUCAAGACAGAAUUCUACAGUCUCCAUUAUAAUAUUCUGCAUUGUUUGCUUUGAGACACGGGCAGUCGUGCGUGGAUUUGAGGAUGUUUCAAACAAUUGAUUAAAAUGUGCAGACGUCUCAGGAAUGAGACUGCAACCUCUAAAAAUAACUUUGGUGUAAGUCACAUAUCUCGGCCAAUGCCCUAUGAUUCCCUCUCUGUCCGAUUAUUCUCUGUUGCUAAAAGGGUUCAAGAGACUUGGCUGACUAGACUACGAGUAGUCCCCCAUUUUUCCUCAGAGAUACUAGAGGGAGCAAAAUGCGAGUGCGCGUGAAAAUCACCCCACGCAAGAAAAGGCAAGAGAGAAUUUUUCUCUUUUUUCUCAUUUUUCUCUCUCCCUGCUGCGUGUCACCUUUUCUCGCGUCGGGUGAUUUUCCCGCGCGCUCACGUUUCGCUCGCUCUACUAUCCCUGAGGAAAAAUGGGGGACUACUCGUAGUCUAUAGCUGACGGACUCUGUUAUGUCUAUUUACAGGGGCACAUCAGUCAUCUUCAGCUGUCCAGUUAACCACAAACAGAGAUAUAUGACAUGUCUGCUGUUGUUCUAAACAUUCAUAAACAUGCAUUUUCCUUCGUGACUUAGUUAUCUUUUGUACACAGAGUUCUCUUCUGCCGCCAUGUACAUACGCAUUUUUGAAGUGUUGUAACUUGUUAUUAAAAACUUGUUUCUUUUUUACCAUUAUUUACAAGAGUGUGUAGGGUCAAAUUUUUAUUUCUUUUGAAACAGUUUAUUGAUAUGAAAAUAAAAGCGAAAGUAACAAGAAGG